AUGGCGACAGCAACGACAACGACGACGACAAGCUUUUCAGGCCUGCUGAACGCGUCGUCUGCUGAUGCUGGCCAAGGGAAGAGUGGAAGCAGCGGCGUUGGUGGACUGCUUCGACCGGCGGAGGCGGCUGAGAUGCAACGCGACGCACUGUCGCUGCUCGAGGUCUUCCAGGCGUCCAUCCAGUCGCACAAGGACGAGACGCACAAUGCCAGUGCCAAUAACGCUGCAUCAUCAUCAUCAUCGUCAUCAUCAUCGUCAUCGACGACAAGUCAGACAAGCAACGGCAAGGGCUCGGGAAAGCCAGAAACCAGCAGUCGCGCGUGGAAGCAGGGCGAUCUGUGUCGCGCGACGUGGUCUGAGGACGGAAUUGUCUACAAUGCAACCAUCGACGAGCUCUGUGCCGAUGGCAUUCACUGCUGGGUCACGUACACCGAGUACGGCAACCAAGAGCGACAAAGCCUGGAAGACCUUCUGCCGCCCACUGUUGCACAGCUCGAGGAGUAUGCAUCGCAGCCGUUGCAGGAGGCCCAGCUGCGCAGUUCAACCCAAUUGUUUGCACGGGAGUCCUCCGGCUCAGUCUCAGACGUGUCCUCAGAGGCAUCCGACUCUCGAAAAUCAACGACAGAGCGUUCGCAUGCUGUGCGGCGCACACACAAGCUCCCCAACGCACCACCGAAAUCCGAAUCGGAAGAACUUGGUGCUGGGGAAAAGUCCAAGCCGCCCGCAUCAUCCGCCACGGCCAAUGCGACCAGCACACCCAAGGUCGACAGUUCACAGAAAAUUGAGGCUGAUACAAGCUCGUCUGCAACCCUCCCACGCCAACCAAUCCUACUGGAGAACGCCAAAAAGAAGCCAAAACAGCCGACAGCGAGUGCAAGUCUCGAGCCACGCAUGGUCGAGUGGCACGUCGGAGACGAAUGCAUAUCCGUUUAUAGCGUUGACCAGCGAGAAUAUCCCGCCGUGAUUGAGCAAAUCUCGGACGAUGGUAUUUACUGCAUCGUCAAAUAUCUUGGAUACAACAACAAGGAAGAGGUUGAGCUUGAAUCGCUCCAACCCAACCUCGAUUCGGAGGAAGCCAGUGCCACUCUGACUGCAACUGCCACACCAAACGUCGAUCAUUCACAAUUCGUCCAACCGCCUGCGCUGCGUGGGGAGAUUACCCCAUCGUACGACCCGCAGCUUGCUCAAUUACUUUCAGCCUGGUACCAUGCUGGCUAUAUGACAGGGUAUUAUGAAGCUCAGCGUCAACAACUUCCUCGCUAG